AUGAGAAUACCCUUUUUUGGAGGCAAGGUUAGCCUUUCUUUGGAGCGACCUGCCUCUUCCAGACCUUCUGUAGAUAACUUUUUCUUGUGUUUUUCUGAAUUGGCCCAUUUGGCGAUAGGCAACACGAAGCCGCGUUAUGCUGUCUUCCUCGAGCGAUGUGAUGUGCUGUUGCAGAUCGAGGCCUCCUCUGGUAGGUGGUACGAAUCGGCCAACUUCUCCAUCCAGUCUGCGUGGUCGGUUUCAGGCGGACACCGGCGAGACAAAUCGGUACUGCAUGAAUGGCGCUUCCAUCUACCACACAACCUGUGCUCAUCCCGCCCCAACGAACGACCAACCACUUGGCAUCACUACUCUUUGGUGUACAAUCCACCUCUUUUCCCUCAUUACAGUGGUCAGGACGUCAGUGAUGCUGACUCUUUUGCCCAGGUAGGCGAGCUUAAGUUUGGAACUUACUAA